AAUACGCAGGGCAAAGUCUGUGUAUUGACAAUUAUGAUAAACAACAAAGACCGGAUAAGUGUGGUUAUUUAUCCACACGCUUCGGAGAAUUUGCUCAUUUGAGGAGGAGUUGACAUAGACACUUAAUUAGUAUAUCGGAUGUAUACAGAGAAUGGGCUACGAAAGCCAAUGUGAUCGUCGGGUGUGAUUGUAUUUUUGUUCAAGUCGUCUCUCUAGCCAAGGUUGAUAUCCUUUGUCAUCCGAAGGACAACAGAUCUUUGGGGCGUUCGCGUCCAAUGUAACUCGGUUUCAUGGUUAAAUGGUCGCUUCUUCCUGCUAGUGGGAUACACAUCAGUGUUUUGCCCUACUCGGUCUCCGUCGUAAUGGCUGCUCUCUAUCAGGGCACAGAUGCAUCCUCACCAGAUAAGUACCUAGCGUUGAAAGACGUGAGAGAGGUAAAAGAGGAGACGACGCUGGACGAGAAGCUUUUCCUACUGGCCUGCGAGAAGGGUGACUAUUACAUGGUGAAGAAGCUUCUUGAGGAGAAGAGACACGGUGAGCUGAACAUCAACUGUGUGGACGUGUUGGGCAGAGACGCUGUCACUAUUUCCAUUGAGAAUGAGAACCUGGACAUCCUCCAGUUGCUGUUGGAGCAUGGCUGCCAGGCGACGGAUGCCUUGCUGGUGGCCAUCGACUCAGAGGUGGUUGGAGCGGUGGACAUUCUCCUCAACCACCGACCCAGAAGGGCCUCCAAGCCUUCCAUGGCCAAACUGAUGCAGCGCAUCCAGAAUCCGGAGUAUUCCACCACCAUGGACGUGGCGCCGGUGAUCCUGGCUGCCCACAGGAACAACUACGAGAUACUGACCAUGCUGCUGAAGCAGGACAUCUCUCUGCCCCGACCGCAUGCCGUGGGCUGUGAGUGCACGCUCUGCAACGCCAAAAACAAGAAGGACAGCCUGCGCCACUCCAGGUUCCGUCUGGACAUCUACCGGUGCCUGGCCAGCCCGUCUCUGAUCAUGCUGACCGAGGAGGACCCCAUCCUGCGGGCCUUUGAGCUCAGCGCUGACCUGCGCGAGCUCAGCUUGGUGGAAGUGGAGUUCAGGAACGACUAUGACGAACUGGCCCAGCAGUGCAAGAUGUUCGCCAAGGACCUGCUGGCACAGGCCAGGAACUCUCGGGAGCUGGAGGUCAUCCUGAACCACACGUCCAGCGAGGACCACGUGGACAAGAGGGGCCUGCUGGAGGAGCGCAUGAACCUCAGCCGCCUCAAACUGGCCAUCAAGUACAACCAGAAGGAGUUUGUGGCGCAGUCCAACUGCCAGCAGUUCCUCAACACGGUGUGGUUCGGCGAGAUGGCCAGCUACCGGCGCAAGCACACGGGCCUCAAGAUGGCGCUGGUGCUGAGCGUGACGCUGCUGUGGCCGCUGCUGUCCGUGUGCUACCUGCUGGGGCCGCGCUCGCGCGUGGGCCAGGUCAUCCACACGCCCUUCGUCAAGUUCAUCAUCCACAGCGCCUCCUACUUCACCUUCCUGCUGCUGCUCAACCUCUACUCGCUGGUGUACAACGAGGACACCAAGAACACCAUGGGCCCCGCGCUGGAGAUGAUCGACUACCUGCUCAUCAUCUGGAUCGUGGGGAUGGUGUGGUCGGACGUGAAGCGCCUUUGGUACGAGGGCCUGGAGGGCUUCCUGGAGGAGUCGCGCAACCUGCUGAGCUUUGUCAUGAACUCCCUCUACCUGGCCACGUUUGCCCUGAAAGUGGUGGCCCACAGCAAGUUUAAGGACAAGGCGGAAGAGAGGAAGAAAUGGGACGCCUUCCACCCCAUCCUGGUGGCCGAGGGGCUGUUCGCCGUGGCCAACGUCCUGAGCUACCUCCGCCUCUUCUUCAUGUACACCACCAGCUCCAUCCUGGGGCCGCUGCAGAUCUCUAUGGGUCAGAUGUUGCAGGAGUUUGGCAAGUUCCUGGGCCUGUUCUUGCUAGUGCUCAUCUCCUUCACCAUAGGUCUCACCCAGCUGUAUGGAAAAGACCAGAAGGACCCCGCCAAGAACCAGACAGAGGACUGUGAGGGCAUCUUCUGCCCACGGCAGAGCAACGAUGCAUUCCACACGUUCAUGGGCACAUGCUAUGCCCUCUUCUGGUACAUGUUUUCCCUGGCGCACGUGGUCCUGUUCGUCACCCGGAUCAGCUACACGGAGGAGCUGCGCUCGUUCGUGGGCGCCCUCAUCGUGGGCACCUACAACAUCGUGGUGGUCAUCGUGCUCACCAAGCUCCUAGUGGCCAUGCUGCACAAGAGCUUCAGACAGAUUGCGAACCAUGAGGACAAAGAGUGGAAGUUUGCGCGUGCCAAGCUGUGGCUCAGUUAUUUUGAUGACAAGUGCACCCUGCCACCGCCCUUCAACAUCCUGCCCUCCCCAAAGACCCUGUGCUACCUGGUGACCAGCAUGAGCAAGUGGGUCUGCUCACACACCUCCACGGGCAGAGUGAAACGACAGAACAGCCUUAAGGAGUGGAGGAACCUGAAGCAGAAGAGAGACGAGAACUACCAGAAGAUCAUGUGCUGCCUGGUGCACCGGUACCUGACCUCCACACGCCAGAAGAUGCAGAGCACCGACCAGGCCACCGUGGAGAACCUCAACGACCUGCGCCAGGACCUGUCCAAGUUCCGCAACGAGAUGAGGGACCUCCUGGGCUUCCGCACCUCCAAAUAUGCCAUGUUCUACCCCAGAAGCUAAGUGCCAUGCAGAUGCACCUACCCCACCUCCACCUCCACCACCACACCUAAUGCCUUGUCUCCCCACCCCAAUGCAAACCUGGCCUCAGCAUGCCGUGGACCAUUUGUCCUUUCUUUUGGAAACAUGGUGGAGUGUGGGGAUGAUGGGGGUGGGUAGUGUAAUCCUGGAACUCGACUGGAAUCUGUUUAAAAAAAACACACACACACACACACACACAGAGUAUUCUUCACACCAAAGCCCCCUUGUCAGAGCUUAUGUAAUGGUCUUCUCUCCCACUUGUUUUCUAAAAGUGUCCGUCUUUUCAACAAAAUAAAGUCUAAUAAAGA